UUCACAAAUGGAAUAUAUUUUACAUAUUUUUUCAUGAUUCCACUCAUUUAGCUCAUUUAGUCAUAAUUUAAUCAAUUUGAGUAAAAUAAGUUAAUUCAAUUUAUUUUAGUAUUUUCAAACAAGAUCUAUAUUAGACUAAGUUUAUUUUUCUUUUAAAUCACAUUCCAUAUGAUCCGAAAUAAAUCAAAUUUCAAUUAGCUAAAUUACAUCUGCCCGUGCAUCGCACGGGCUUGAAAGCUAGUAAAUAAAUAAAACAGGAGAAAAGAAAACGUAAAAAAAACUAAAUGAUGAUCACGACGUUAAGAUGAAGCACUACUUUUUUUUUAAUAUGUGAGAGAUUUUGAUAUAUUUAGUUUAACUCGGUAUUUGAUAUAAAUGUGAUACAUUAUCGUGCAAAUGAUAUUAUGAAUGUUUUUAAGUAUAAAUUGGCUGAAACAAACGGCUUAUUGGCUGAAACUAAGCAGAAUGCUUUCGAACUUUUUUUUACCCUAGCGAGAGCUGAGGGUCGAGCGGCGCUGGACGAUUGCCGAUCAGGAGAGUCGAGGGGCGAGUCUCGGACGACUGGUGCGGCAAUGAGAUGGAGGACGCAGCCACGCAGGAGAUGAUGGACGUAGAGAGGAUCGAGAACAGGUAGACGAACAGGAAGGUAAGCUCGUUGCUAUGUAUGGGGGCCUGGGAUUUGGGGGAUUACAGGAUGAACUGCUGAUUGAAGAUGAAGAGGAAGGGGAAUCGGCGAUCGGGGCAGUGAAGGCAAAGGAAUUUCCGGUGGUUGGGACGAUUCUCACGGACAAAGUCAUUCGAUUUCCGUUCUUCAGGGACUUCAUGGCUGAUUUAUGGCGUCCAAAGAGAAAUUUUGCCCUCUUCUAUACGAAAACGAGGGGCUAGCUAUGACUAGACCAUUUGGACCGUGGCUUAGAGCGAGUGGAAGGAAAUCGAAGCCAAACAUGAGUAGCAAAUGGCUGAUUUCGGAAGAAAGCUCCUCCGGAGGUGGCACGUAUACAUCAAGUAUUGUGAGGUCAAUGCAGGAGGUGGACCCAGGUGAGAUAGAAGGGAAUCAAGGGAGUACCAAAGCCGGAAUGGGGAAUGCUAUGAUUUCAGGUGAGAUAGAAGAGGAAGGAGCACCAGGAGAGCUGAAGAGGAGACGAACUUGGGAGGAUCAGGCUAGGGAGGAUGCUGCAAAGGAUGUGAUGGCGCUGGACUCCCCAAAAAACAGGGUAGGGGCGGGCGCUGGACAGAUGAUCUGAUGCUGAUUACGGCUUCUUUAGCUGAGAAACUUAUUUACUCUCUUUAUUUUGUUUUAUUUAUUUCCCACGUUCUGGAUGUUGUUUUUGUUUUGGUUGUGCUGUGUUUUCCAGCAAAAAAACUAGUGAAUCUAAAACAGGAGAUGAGGAGUCGUGUCUGCAAGUCAUUGGCUCGGGUAAGCCCAAAGCGGGAUCAGUGAAUUAUAUGGCUUCUACGGAGGUGAUUAAUUCAGAGUCUGGUUCUUGGGCGGACGGUAGACAGGAGACUUGUCACUUUGUAACCUGUUUUGAUUCGGUCCGUUUGAUCUGUUUGAUAAUGAUAAGUUAAGCCAGUUUCGUUCAAAAAAAUGUUUUUAAAAAUAAAUGAUUAUCUUAUAAAUGUACAACCUGUUUGGUAAC